AUGGGACAGAGGCAUAAUCGACGCCGCACACGUCCUCGGUCAUCUCAUCAACCAAAAGAUAUACCUGUCUCUCGUCAUACAGGCUCUCCGAUAUUGGCCCCAUCGUCUAUUUGGUGCCCCCAUACUAUUCCAUUUGGAUCCCCAGCGGCCAGCUAUUCGACUACAUGCGUUCAACGUGGAUCUCCGGUCCCAAUACCCGCCCCAACCUGGCACUAUGGGUAUUCAGCAUGGCAGAUCCGUGAAACAAAACCGAUUCUGGAAACCGGUGGACUAGAGGAGCAGUACCGUCUCUUCGGUGGUGAACCAGGCGACGAUGUGAACCUUUGUUACCGUAUGCUGGAGUACUUUGGUGGUCUCGACUACAUUGACUCGUGA